AUGACCGUCACCCAUACCAAUGGCAACGGACACCAUGCCUCGCCGGCUCUGCACAGGGCCGAUGAGGUCGAGGAUCUCCUCGAUGCCGUCAAGGACCUGAUCGUCCCUUACAUCAGAGCUGCCGACGAUGCUGCGCCGCUCAAAAAGCACGGCCAGGUACCUGUCAAUGCGGAUGGUCUGUCCGCCAAUGUCCUCGUCGACUCGCUCAAGCCGCAGGAACUCGUGUCUCGGCUGAAGCUGUCCCUGCCAGACGGUGAAGGUCUCGGCAAGGACGGCCUCAUGUCCUUCCUCCAGAAGAUCCUUCAGUACAGCGUCAACACAUGGGACCAGGGAUUUCUGGACAAGCUGUACGCCUCCAACACGCCUGUCGGUGUCGUUGCUGAUCUCAUCCUGUCUGUUCUCAACACGAAUCUUCAUGUGUACCAGGUGUCUCCGGCUCUGAGCGUCAUUGAGAAGGUCACGGCCCGUCGAUUUGCCAACGUCUUUGGCUUUACCAGCCCCCGCGCCGGCGGCAUCUCUUGCCAGGGCGGCAGCGCCUCCAACAUGACCUCGGUCGUCGUUGCUCGUAAUAGCCUGUACCCCGAGACGAGGACGCACGGCAACGGGUCUCACACCUUCAUCCUCUUCACCAGCGCGCACGGUCACUACUCUGUCGAGAAGAGCGCGCUGACGUGCGGCCUCGGCGCCUCCAACGUCUGGGCCGUCCCCAUCGACUCGCAGGGUCGCAUGAUCCCCGAGGCGCUGCGCGAGCUCAUCAUCAAGGCCAAGAACGAGGGCAAGACGCCCCUCUACGUCAAUGCGACGGCCGGCACCACGGUCAUGGGGUCCUUUGACCCCUUUGUGGACAUUUCCAAGGUCUGCAAGGAGUUUGGGCUCUGGCUGCACGUCGAUGGCAGCUGGGGCGGGCCCGUCGUCUUUUCGUCGAAGCAAAAGGGCAAGCUCGCCGGCGUCGAGCUCGCUGAUUCUCUGACCGUCAACCCCCACAAGAUGCUCAACGUCCCCGUCACGUGCUCGUUCCUCCUGACCAACGACCUCGCCGUGUUCCACAAGGCCAACACGCUGCCGGCCGGCUACCUGUUCCACAGCGUCGACGAGUCGGACGACGUGUGGGACCUUGCCGACCUGACGCUGCAGUGCGGACGCCGCGGCGACAGCCUCAAGCUGGCGCUCGCGUGGAUCUACUACGGCGCCGCCGGGUUCGAGAAGCAGAUUGACCACGCCUUUGACGUCGCUGCCCACCUGGCGCAGAUUGUGCAGGCACACCCCGACUUUGUGCUCGUGUCCUCGGACCCGCCGCCGUGCCUGCAGGUGUGCUUCUACUACGCGCCGGGCGGGCAUCUUUCCGACGAUGCCAAGGCGAACACGCGCACGACGGCCGACAUGGUGGGCAAGCUGAUCCGCAGGGGGUUCAUGAUUGAUUACGCGCCAGGCGACAAGGGCAGCUUCUUCCGCGUCGUGGUCAACUGCCAGACUCUCAAGGGAACGGCAGACGGCCUGUUGAAGGGGCUGGAGGAGAUUGGAAAGGAGGGCCAGUAG